UAAAGAGAUUUGAGACGACGGAGGCCGGGUAUCUCCGCGAAUAUGGGAUCAAUUUUAUACCUAUUGGUUUUAUCCGUACUUAUUAAUUGUGUAUAUUCUACGUCUGUUCUCUCACCAUGCAAACAGGAUGACUCGAGAUGUUUAGAAAACUCCAUAAAUGCAGCAAUACCAACGCUUUUUUCUGCGAAUCCCGAACUUGGGGUUGAAUCAUCUGAUCCUCUGAAUGUAGGAUUUAUUGAGGGAGAUCUCUCCAUAAUUAAAUACAAGUUUAAUAACGCUGUCGUAAAAGGAUUUAAACAAUGCACCGUUUCAAAUGUGAAAACCGAUAUCAACGCAUUAAAGUUCCACUUAGACGUAAACUGUCCGUGGUACGAACUUUCUGGAGACUACACGAUAUCUGGACGUCUCAUCGUCUUACCCGUUGAGGGAGCAGGCACAUUUCAAAUGUCAUCCACCAAAUAUAAGACUAUUGUGGAUGGUGAAUUGAAGAAAACGCAAGGAGCAGAUGGGAAAAAUUACAUAACAAUUAAAAACAUAAAACUAAAGAACGAAGCUCUCGGUCCCAUUAAAUUUGACUUUAAAAAUUUGUUCAAUGGCCAAAAAGACUUAUCCGACGCAGUCCACAAAUUCGCUAAUGAAAAUUGGAAAGAAGUAGCAAAUCUCGUACAAGACCCUGUAUUUUACGCAAACUUCAAAAAAAUGGUAUCAAAUGUGAACAAAUAUUUGAAAACUAUCCCUCUAGAAGACAUAAUAUUACAAUAACUUCAAACGAAACGAAAAUAACGUGUGUUACGUAACCAGAAAUUGAAUACAGAUGAUGUUGAUGUGUUU